AUGGAACAAAUACCAGUCUCUACAGUGCGAUCAUUACUAUUGAUUAUAUGUCGUUAUUUAGUAAUAAUUAUAGUAGUACUAAUAGGAUUGAUUGGUCAGUUCUUAUAUUGGCUUGUAUUUGAUUCAUUUGGUCGUUAUGAAAAGCGAGCUAAACUAAAAUUAAAAUGUAUAAACAGUCAAAAAGAUAGUGAAUAUUAUGCUAUUAUAAUCGGUGCUGGUUUUUCUGGUCUUGGUACGGCUAUUAAAUUAAAUAAACUUGGAAUAGAUAAUUAUAUUUUAAUUGAACGACAUGGAUAUGUUGGUGGCACAUGGUAUGCUAAUAAAUAUCCAGGUUGUGCAUGUGAUGUUCCAUCAAAUCUAUAUUCAUUUUCAUUUGAACCUAAUUCAAAAUGGUCACAUUAUUUUAGUCGACAACCUGAAAUAGCUGAAUACCUUGAAUAUUGUACAGAUAAAUAUGAUAUUCGUCGACAUAUACAAUUUAAUACAAAUGUUACACAAUUAAAAUGGAUUGAUGAACGAAAAUUAUGGCAAGUUACAAUUCAAUCAAAUAGUCUAGAAAAACAAUUUUAUGCUCAAAUUAUUUUUGCAGCUACUGGACUAUUUUCUAAUGCUGCUUAUCCAAAUGAUAUUCCUGGUAUUGAUAAAUUUCAAGGUCAAAUAUGUCAUACAGCUGAAUGGAAUCAAUCGAUUGAUUUUAACAAUAAACAUGUAGCUGUUAUUGGUACUGGUGCAAGUUCUAUUCAAGUCGUUCCAGAAAUUCAACGGAUGAAUGUACCACAAUUAUUUGUUUUUCAACGAACACCACCAUGGAUUAUAUCUCGAGUUGAUCGGCGUAUAAGUAAUUUCGAAAAACGUCUAUUAACAUAUUUUCCAAUUAUUCAAAAAUUAAUUCGAACAAGUAUUUAUUGUUCACUUGGAGCUUUAAUAUUAUCAUAUGCUUAUCGUUGGCCAAUUCGUUAUGUUAAUCAAGAAUUAGUUAUAAAUAAUCUUAAUAGAGAAAUAAAAGAUAUAGAAUUAAGAAAAAAAGUUACACCAACAUGGGAAUUAGGAUGUAAACGUGUGUUAAUAAGUAGUGAUUGGUAUUCAACAUUACAAAAAUCAAAUGUAAAACUUAUAACAGAUCGUAUUAAAGAAAUUAAAUCACAUUCAAUUAUCACUCAAAAUGGAGAUGAAUAUCCAGUUGAUAUUACUAUUUGUUCAACCGGAUUUCAAACACAAAAAUUUGCAUUACCUAUUUAUGGAAUUCAUGGUUAUUCAUUAGCGGAACAAUGGUCUGAAACUAAACAGGCAUAUCGUGGUAUAACUGUGCCUAAUUUUCCAAAUUUGUUUAUUCUCCUUGGACCUAAUUCUCGCAUUAGUCAUUCAUCUGUGAUAAUCAUGCUUGAAGCUCAAUUAAAAUAUAUAGUCGAAAUUCUUCUUUAUAUUAAUAAGAAUAAUAUACGAUCAUUUUCAAUAAAACAAAAUGUGCAUGACGCAUAUAAUCAAUGGAUACAAUCGAAAUUAAAAAAGACAGUAUGGCAUCUAGGUGGUUGUCAGUCAUGGCAUCAAAAUGCAAAAGGUAUUGUUACAACAAUAUGGCCAGAUUUUACAUGGAUUUAUUAUUUAUUAAUGAAAAAUUUUGAUUAUCAAAAUUAUAUUUUAGAAAAAUAA